UCCCCAACUUCCCCACUCUCUUAGGACCACAGACCCCUUCUCUCUUCUAGUCUUGGUAGGUGGCUCCUCUCCAUUCAAUUCCAUCAAAACUAACCCCACUAAGAAGUACACCAAGAACAAAUAGAAUGGCAACAGCUUUCUCCAAUUCUCAAAUUUUCUACAUGCCAUCUAACAACAAUAUAAAUAUCCUGCCUGGCCGACACCUUUCUUCCCAUCAAGGUGCUCUUCUUCCUUCUCUACUUCAGGUUACUUAUGCGUUCCCACUUGUAACAGUAGAAGAUCAGGACUAUGGGCAUCUCAGUGAACGGUCAGUCCUGCGUGCCGCCGGGCUUUCGUUUCCAUCCGACUGAGGAGGAGCUCUUGAACUAUUAUUUGAAGAAGAAGGUGGCUUGCGAGAAGAUCGACUUGGAUGUCAUACGUGACAUCGAUCUCACUAAGCUUGAACCAUGGGACAUACAAGACAAGUGCAGAAUAGGAUCAGCCCCACAAAACGAGUGGUACCUCUUCAGUCACAAUGACAAGAAGUAUCCGACCGGCACCCGGACUAACCGAGCAACGGCAGCUGGGUUCUGGAAAGCCACCGGUCGUGACAAGGUCAUCCACACCAGCUUUAAACGGAUCGGCAAGAGGAAAACACUGGUCUUUUACAAAGGCAGAGCCCCCCAUGGCUUGAAAUCCGAUUGGAUCAUGCAUGAAUAUAGACUUGAUGACCACCUUGGCACCAAUAAUUAUUCUUCCAACGCCUCUAGCCCUGCUGGUGAAGCAGCAACAGCGCAGGAGGAAGGAUGGGUUGUUUGCCGUGUAUUCAAGAAGAAGAAUUAUCAGACUUUGUUAACUCAUCCUCACAGCAGCUCAUCUUUCAUUAGCGACGCCAGGACCCAGAUGUCGCGUUCUUGCAACGAUGAGCCCUUGGACCAAAUCCUCCAGUAUUUUGGAAGAUCUUGCAAGCAAGAAAGCGAUGCGAUCGUAAGCAUCGACAACAUGAACAACGAGGAUUAUCUUAGGCCAAUUGAAACUGCCUUAAGUAACGUGAAAGUUCCCACUCUAGAAAGUCCAAGCCUUCAAUCACUCCCCAGUUUUGCACCAGAAGUUGAUCCUGUUGAAAAUAACGAAGCGAUCAUGGACAUCGAACUAGUCUGCAACUCCAUGCCGACCCUCAGUGACUGGCCAUCGAUGAAUGACGAGAAUGGCUCCCACAUUGGAUCAGGUUACUUGGAGGCACGGAAGCAGACGCCCUACAGCAAUGAACCCAGCUUUGGGUUUCUGCCUUCCAAUGGAUUCUUCAGCAACUCGCAUGACUGUCGCUAUGGAGAUGGUGAUCCAUGGAUCUUCAUGCAAUCGGUGUCAUCCGGUGCGGACCACAUGUAACAUAACGACCCAACAACUCCCUAGAAAUCUCUAAAAGGUGAAUGGAAUAUAUUGUUCUUAUCAUUAAAGCCACUACUGUAGGAUAUGAAACUAGAGCCACCCAAUAUUUAAGUAUAUGGACUGUAAGUAAGAGAGGAGGGUUUGGGAACGAUAUGGCAUUAUGGAAACCAUUAUCUCUUGAUCCAGUGUUGCCAAUCUCACUGAUAUAUGUUGGAAAAGCAAAAAAAAAAAAAAUGUAGAAGCUGAGUUAUUGGAUGCUUUUGAGAGAGAAUCAUAUCAUCCCAACUUUUUGGUUAAACGUUGUUGUCGUUUUCUUUGUUUGUUGUAAUAGAAAAAGAUAAGCGUGGCAAGCAAGGCCCGUGGAUGUGGGUUCUAGCUUGAGAAUUGGAAAAGCAAGCAAAAUCGGCAUGAGAUCACACUUGCUUC